AUGGCAUUCAACCUAUCUUUCGACAGGUCUAAAGACCAUAGUUACGCCCUUCAGCUUGCUAAUAAUAUUAAGUUAGCCCUUGCUCAGGAAUUGGCUGGCAAGGAAAUCAAAAUCUCGGUUAACGAUGAGUCAGUGAAACCCGAGUUGACUGUCGCGAGCACGGACUUUCGCCUUUUCAAUACCAAUGCGAUCUUGAGAUAUGUCUUAAACGACUUCGAAGGUUUGGAAUCUUCAGAAACGCAUUUCGCUGUUUCUUCUUUGGAAGCUAUGCUAUACCACCCAAGUGCCCCUCAGGAGCAUGUCAAGGAAAAUGUGUCCAAGGCCCUUGAAAACUACUUGCAAGAAUUGCGGGAACCAUUUUGUGCUACAAAUUUGAUCACUUUUGCCAAUGCAUAUGCCUUGAGUCCAGAAUCCUUGGAAUCGAAAUUUGCAAACCUGCCUGCUUCUUUGUCCAAGGCUCUUUCAGCUGCCAAAUCGUACACUCCACGUCUGUCAUCAAGCUUUAAGCGUACUGGAGCUGUCAAAAUUAACAGUAACUUUGCUGUCAAGAAGCAGGAUGCAGAAAUUUUGCCCAUCGAGGGAGAAAGAAAUAUUCUCAUCACAUCCGCUUUACCAUACGUUAACAAUGUUCCUCACUUAGGCAACAUCGUUGGCAGUGUUUUGUCUGCUGAUAUCUAUGCCCGUUACUGCAAGGCUAGAAACUACAACACUUUGUUCGUUUGCGGUACAGAUGAAUAUGGUACCGCUACCGAGACUAAGGCAAUUGAGGAGGGAUGUACCCCACGCGAGCUAUGUGACAAAUACCAUAAGAUUCACAGCGAUGUCUACAAGUGGUUCCAAAUCGGAUUUGACUACUUUGGAAGAACAACAACGGAAAAGCAGACUGAGAUCGCCCAGGACAUCUUUAACAAACUAAACAACAAUGGGUACUUAGAAGAGCAUUCUAUGAAACAGCUUUACUGCGAAGAGCACAAGGCUUACUUAGCCGACAGAUACGUCGAGGGUGAGUGUCCAAAAUGUCAUUACGAGGAUGCCCGCGGUGACCAAUGUGACAAGUGCGGCGGGUUGCUAGACCCAUUCGAGCUCAUUAACCCACGUUGUAAACUUGACAACAGCAAGCCUAUCCCUCGUAACUCUGAUCAUAUCUUCAUUUCUCUAGAUAAAUUGGAACCAAGGAUCAAGGAGUGGGUGGAAAAGUCGUCCAGGGAGGGCGGAUGGAGCAAAAACUCCAGAACCAUUACCCAGUCUUGGUUGAAGGAAGGCCUGCAACCUCGUUGUAUCACAAGAGACCUCGUGUGGGGUACGCCAGUGCCUCUCGAAAAGUACAAAGAUAAAGUUCUCUAUGUUUGGUUCGAUGCUACCAUCGGGUAUGUUUCGAUCACCGCUAACUACACUGACGGCUGGAAGAAAUGGUGGAAGGACCCUGAGAACGUUCAGCUGUACCAAUUCAUGGGCAAAGACAAUGUUCCGUUCCACUCCGUCAUUUUCCCUGGAUCGCAAUUAGGUACCAACGAGAACUGGACCAUGCUUCAUCAUUUAAGCACCACUGAGUACUUGCAGUAUGAGGGCGGCAAGUUUUCGAAGAGUAGAGGCGUGGGAGUCUUUGGCAACAAUGCAAAGGAUACUGGUGUUUCCCCCAGUGUGUGGAGAUAUUAUUUGGCCUCUGUGAGACCUGAAUCCAGUGACUCUCACUUUUCAUGGAGCGACUUUGUUGCUAGAAAUAACAGUGAGCUUUUGGCCAACCUUGGUAACUUUGUGAACAGACUGGUCAAGUUCGUCAAUGCCAAGUACAAUGGUGUCGUUCCUGAAUAUGAUCAAAAGCAGUUGGCGGACUUCGUCAAAUUGGAGAAGGACAUAAACUCUAUUUUAAGCAGCUACGUUUCCGAAAUGGAACAAUCCCACGAAAGACGUGGUUUGGAGAUUGCUAUGUCUCUAAGUGCCCGUGGUAACUUGUUUUUGCAAGAAAACAAGCUUGACAACAGUCUUUUCUCGGAGUUCCCUGCUAAAUCUGACGCUGUUGUUGGUGUGGGUCUCAACAUUGUUUACUCCGUGGCCUCUGUGAUCUACCCAUUCAUGCCAGAAGCUGCCGAAACUAUCUACAAGAUGUUGAAUGCACCAGCUAAGAAGAUUGACGACAAAUUCUACCUAUGCAUAGAAGGCGGACACAACAUCAACAAGGCAGAGUACCUCUUUAAACGUAUUGAUGAAAAAGAGAUUGAGAACUGGAGAAGCAAGUAUGGUGGCCAGCAAAAGUGA